UCCCCAAUUCCAACUACUUCACAACAGACUAUAAAUACCUUCGCCUUUCAAUUCCUCACAACUCUCCAAUUCAAAUCAGAAAUGGCGAAAAAUCAGGUUCCAGAUUGGCUCAACAAUUCUCUCUGGUCUUCUCGUACACCUCAACAACCGUUAACUCCUUCAAAAACUUCAAAUUUCAGUGAAAAUACGAAUCAAUCAACGAAUUUAGGUUCGAAAACUUCAAAUUACAGUGAAGAUACGAAUCAAUCAGCGAAUUUAGGUUCGAAAACUUCAAAUUCCAGUGAGGAUACGAAUCGCUCGACGAAUUUAGGUUCGAAAACUUCAAAUUCCAGUGAGGAUACGAAUCGCUCGACGAAUUUAGGUUCGAAAACUUCAAAUUACAGUGAGGAUACAAAAUCAUCGGUUAAUUUGGCAGUUCCAGUGAUGCCGCCAGCUGUGAUAAGAGCUGAGAUUCGACCUAAGGCGGAAAUUGUUGGUAAUUUAAGUAGUGAUGAUGAAAAUGGGAGCUCAACUACUAUUUCUUCAACUGAGGAUAUUUCUCGCCAGGCUCAGCUUUCACAAGAGUUGUCAAGGAAGAUUAUUGAUUUGGGGGAAGUCCGGAGGCUAGCAUCACAAGGGAUACCAGAUGGAGCUGGCAUUCGUUCUACAGUGUGGAAGCUGUUGUUGGGGUAUUUGCCAACUGAGAGAGCAUUAUGGCCAACGGAAUUGGCUAAAAAGAGGUCUCAGUACAAGCAAUUUAAAGAGGAGCUCCUAAUGAAUCCUUCAGAGAUUGCGAGGAGGUUGGAGAAGUCUGCAACUCUUGAGAAUGAUGGAACAGGAACAGACAUUGACGGCAAAGGUGUACUCUCAAGAUCAGAAGUAACUCAGGGAGAGCAUCCUUUGAGUCUUGGGAAAAGUAGCAUUUGGAAUCAGUUCUUCCAGGACACAGAAAUUAUCGAACAGAUUGAUCGGGAUGUAAAGCGCACCCAUCCAGAUCUGCACUUCUUCUCAGGGGACACGCCAUUUGCAAAGUCUAACCAGGAUGCUUUGAGGAUUAUACUCAUUAUAUUUGCCAAACUGAAUCCUGGUAUUAGAUAUGUGCAAGGGAUGAAUGAGAUCUUGGCACCACUUUUCUAUGUAUUCAGGAAUGAUCCCAAAGAGGAGGAUGCAGCAAUCGCAGAAGCAGAUACUUUCUUCUGCUUUGUGGAGUUGUUGAGUGGAUUGCGUGAUAAUUUUUGUCAGCAACUUGAUAAUAGUGUUGUUGGUAUUCGUGCCACAAUUACAAGGCUAUCUCAACUUUUGAAAGAACAUGAUGAAGAGCUAUGGCGGCAUCUUGAAGUGACAACUAAUGUGAAUCCACAGUUUUAUGCGUUCAGGUGGAUAACUCUCCUUCUGACGCAAGAGUUCAAUUUUGCAGACAGUCUUUUUAUAUGGGACACGCUCCUAAGUGAUCCUGAAGGACCUCAGGAAACACUGCUUCGGGUCUGCUGUGCAAUGUUGAUUAUUGUCCGGAGGCGUUUACUUGGUGGUGAUUUCACUUCUAAUUUGAAGCUACUGCAAAAUUAUCCAUCUACUAACAUCAGUCACCUUCUCUAUGUUGCCAAUAAACUCCGUAUUAAAUCAGCUGGUUAGAACUUCUAAUCAGGAGGGCAAUAUCUUAUUUCUUUGUAUUUCUCCUCCGCAAAAUCCAAUGUGUUGCAAUAUUUAAGAAUGUAAAUGUCUGAGAUAGGUAAUCAGCCCCAUCCCACGGUCAGCAAUCUUGCUUUUAGCUUCAGGAUGAAUGUGUAGGCACGUGUUUUGCUUCAGAGAUGAGAUGGGAUUAGUGUCAUUUGCAAUUUUAGUUUGAGUUUUACUAAGAAGUUAGGAACUGUUUGUUUUGCUUGAAUCUAUACGUAGUUUUAGUUCACAAAGAUUAUAGUGAUGAUUUCAUUUGCUGGUAAA